AUGCAUAGACCCACAUGUCCACAACAGGAAGCCCAAGCUAAAGAUGAUGGAAACCUACCACACCUUCUCGCUGCCUUGGAUCUGCAUGAGAACUAUGAAUCGAGAUCACCCCCUGCAUUCUUUCACAAAUCUUCCGACCUUUCAUCUGAAGAGCACCUGUCACGACUCCUGCAGUGGAGAGCUGAUCAGGGUGGAAAACUCGAUGUUCUGCGGGAGGAAGUCUCAUAUUUCGUCCUUGGCUUCAACCUGAACGAUUUCCCGGACAUGAUAGCUUCCUAUCUUCCUGGGUGGAAAACGAACACUCUUCCAGGAUCUUUUGCCCAUCUUCUUUACUCGCUGUUUGGUCCAUUGGAAGAAGUGGCUAAGCUUCAGCAAUCCCUGAACAACAUUCCAGAAUAUUUCAACGAACACAGACACCGAGCAAUGUUUGUGAACCGAAUUCGGAACAUCAAUCGCGAGCCAAAGGAUUUCAAGUGCGGUGCGACCUUUGCGCCUCAACUCCCGCCGUCCUGGGAUGGAGAACGGUGCAGAGAAGGCGACGAAUCCCUAUUCUCUCGCGAGCUGCGAAUGCUGAGGGACUUGGUGGAACCUCUACGGAAUACAGCCAAGCCGUUCUACUGGAUUACCGACCGCAUUGAGACUGCUCUGGAGAUGGACAAUGGCUUCAUGGCCUCGAAAGAAUCCAUUGCUACUUUAAAGAAGGAUCUCUAUGAGGCAGCGUGGAAUCGGCGCAAGAAUUACACUAUCUACGACCCCCGUCCCGUCUGGGAUCAACAGCAAAAGGGAACGAAACUGCUCAGAGAAUACCGCCUGCAAGCAUGUAAAGGAACAUUGUACUGGGAGCGCUGGCCACCCGUCGCAGCACAGUACGACAAGGAAGCCCGAUCUGCAAAGCAAUCAAUCAUUGACAAUGAUCGACAAGCCGCUCAAAACCUUGGAUUCCUACCCCCAGAAAGCCCCCAACUACCAAAAGUUCUGGUCUCAACCCAACCGGGCAUCGAGCUCGCAUGCAUCACCGACCUCGAGCACUAUGACGACCAAAUCAUGAUCACAGUAGUGCGCAUCAGCCAAUGGCUAGCUCUCGCCCGCGGCUUUCCAGCAGUACAUCUGUUCUGCGACAUCGUCCGGCUGUUUACCAUCUACGGCGUUGAUGUGGCGAACGCUGUGCAAGUGGAGUUCUGCAAGCACCUCACUGGCUUGCCGUCAUUCCCCUGGGACCCUAUCGAAUGGCCGCCACUGUUUCCCUUCCUGGAAAGCGAGAUCGAGGUACACGAGCUCUGCCCGGAAGAAAUCCGGAGUCAGAUUGCGCGGAACUACUGGGCCGAACAGCGGUUGAGGAUCUGUCGUUCGCUGUGGUGCCGGGAUGACCACGCCAUUGCUUGGGACUACCCCCUGCAGACCCUUGUCUGGGGAGAAGAGAAGGAUGGCCGCGUGCUGGCACUUCGGUCACCUCCUUUUCAGGACCAUGCUAGACAUAUUCCCUGGGGGUUGGUUGAUCUGAUGAAGGAGGGGCUGUGGGUUGGGGAGUAUGAGGAUGAUUGGCUGGCGCAGUUCGUCGGGUUCAACAGUGAGUAA